AUGUCCUCUGAAAUCAAACCUUUCGACUCCACUAUCCUCCAACCAGAAGUCGAUCGCCUCUUUCGCAAGCUAGCCGAUACAAGAUUGCCUACCCUACCCAUUGUACCUGAUGCCGGCGAAGACUAUGGACCAUCACUCGAGUGGGUACAGACAUUGUACAAUCACUGGCUCAACAAGUUUGAUUGGGAAAGAGCUCAAAAGCAGAUUAAUGAGUGGAACCAUUUCACGACUGAGAUCGAGGGGUUCCAGAACGUAAUGCAACCCCUAUUGAACCCUGAAAACGAUACACAACCAGCUUUCGAUCUCGUUGUCCCGUCGCUACCAGGGUAUUGCUGGUCGCAAGGUCCACCGAGGGGUCAUACCUUGCAGGAUACUGCGAGGUUGUUUGAUGAGUUGAUGAAGAGACUUGAUUACACGUCUUACGCCGCCCAAGCCGGAGACUGGGGUCACUGGGUCGUCCGCGAACUUGGCUCUGGUCGGCAUCCCAACUGCAAAGCAGUGCACACGAACAUGUGUCCUGGCGCACCUCCAGAAGGCACUAGCCUAACGGAGAAAGAAAAGAAGGGGAUAGCAAGAGCGGAGUGGUUUCUAGGGAAGCCGCUAAAUGAGACGCAUAUGGGGUAUGCGAUUGAGAUGAGAACACGACCGCAGACUAUUGGCGUGGCCUUCAACGAUAAUCCCGUCGGAAUCAUGAUGUUCUUUGGUGAGAAAUACAACGAACUUGCUGAUCCAAGUUUAGGCACAGCGACACUCGUUAACGAGCAGUGGCUACAUGAUCUUUGCACGACGCUUUCGUUGUAUUUCUUCACGCCACCAAGUGUCAUGACGAGUAUGUUAUCUUAUUACAACAAUGUGCGUCACGAAAUGUACACCAAAUUCGACGCCAAAGAAGAAAACCUGAUCCGCGUGCCUCUGGGCGUGAGCACGUUCCCCUACGAUGCUUUUCCUGCGCCUAAAAGUGGUGUCGAGACUACAUGUACGGAUCUGAAGUUUUUCAGAGAUCAUGACCGUGGAGGACAUUUUGCCUGCAUGGAAUGUCCGGAGGAGAUGGUGAAGGAUAUGAGAGAAUUUUUCGGAAAAUGGUACAAGGUUUGA